GGCUCGCAUGCAGUUACUACAAUUGAAAUGGGCCUUCAGUAACAGGGACGAUCUAGACAUGAUAAAAGUCUUCCAUGCCUCUUCACGCAGCAGCUGUCAGCUGAAUCGCACUUUGGAACCUUCAGUCGCAGCAAUGACAAUCCCCCGAGACGGGCUCACUUGUGGUACAGUGUCCAUUUAUGACAACGUUCUCACUCCGUCUUGGCAAUUGACUUGCGAUACUGCUCAAAAGCUAACAACCUGCUUUUCACUCCUUGUGUUUCUCCUAUCCUAUUGGCAGAUAGAAGGUACGGUCUUCUGGAGAGGGGGAGGGCUGAAUUGGGAAUCGGAGGAGCUUGAAUACCCGCCAAAUAAAGUCAGAAGGGGAAGUUCGGUGGAUGGGCCCCCGGAAACUGCAGAUCGCCAAUCACAUAUAUUCUAUACCUUCCUUCCCUUACGAAACCCAUCGCUCUUGCUUUUGAAGAACGAUAUAAUGCGAAUGACGAGUUGCGCCCCCACCCUACGAGUGGAGCGGACUUGUCAAACUAAUUGAGUAUACGCGGCCGUAGAGGGAGUCCUACCUAGGUUGGGAGGGUCAUGGGGACCUCAU